GUUUGACUGAUAAUAGCCUCGAGAAAACGUGGAUGAGGGACGAGAGGUAAUUAAACUCCGAGUGGAUCAUGAGAGCAGAGAGCAACACAGAAAGCUACAAUUAUAUACGACCCUUUCUCCCCUUCAACAAGAGCAACCGUCAAGCUUCUGAUUUUGUAAUGAACAAGGAAAAGGGGGUCGUGAGAAGGGGAAACAGGCAAAGCAAUAGCAAUUUUGUAAGACAGGAAAAAGGUUAGGAAAGAAAAUCGAAAUCGAGCUGGAUCACUACAAUGGUACGGGCAUGUGUGAUCCUUGUGUUUUUCCUCUUCCCUCUCUCUCUUAUUGUAGAUGCCCAUACAAAUUUUAUCUACAACCAAUUCAAUGCGUCGACCCUCGAAUUGUUUGGUAAUGCCUCAGUGAAGUCCGAUGCCAUUUCCCUUACUCAUUAUUCCCAGUACAGUAUCGGCCGUGCUUUUUAUCGAUAUCCCGUACGUAUGAAAGAUCCUGCUUCUCUGAAUUCUAUGUCGUCUUUCAGCACAAGUUUUGUGUUUAGCAUCGUUCCUUCUCCAAAUUCACGAAGCGGUUAUGGUAUGGCGUUUUUAAUGACGCCCCACAAGUCUCCAGAAGGAUAUUUAUCCACUCAGUACCUUGGCUUGAUUAGCAACAUAUCAAGUGUGGGAAAGGCCUAUAAUCAUCUAAUUGCCGUCGAGUUCUCCACUUUAAAGAACUUGGAGUUUCGCGACAUCAACGACAAUCACGUUGGGGUGGAUCUCAAUGAUCUCAGGUCAGUAAACGCUUCGCCUGCCGGCUUCUGGAAAGGCAACAAUCAGUUCCAAGAUUUGAAUCUUAAGAGUGGACAGAAUAUUCAGGCUUGGAUUGAUUAUGACCAUCUUCAAAACGAGCUCAGGGUCACCAUUGCAGAAGCUGGUUCACAACGCCCAGAAACGCCACUGAUACAUAUGAAAAAUACGUCUCUGCCUAACAUUGUAGUAGAAGAAAUGUAUGUUGGUUUUUCAGCAGCUACGGGUGUCUUUUUAGAAGAGAAUUACGUCCUCUCCUGGAGCUUCAGUACAAACGGAACUGCCUCUUUUCUGAAUACAUCUAAUCUGCCAUCAUUUGCACUCAGAGAAAUUAAGAGGUCAAACUCCAGACUGGUUGCCGGUAUUACGACAGCUUGCGUUGUCGUCCUCCUUAUGGUGGUGGCAGCAGGCCUUGUGUGGUUGAAGAGAAAGCGAUACAGGAAUCUUAUUGAAGAAUGGGAGAUGGAGUAUUGGCCUCACAGGUUUAAGUAUAAGGACCUACAUAUUGCAACCAAGGGCUUCGGAGAGAAGCAACUUCUAGGAUGUGGAGGCUUUAGCCAGGUCUACAAAGGAGUCCUUCCCACAAACGGCCUCCAGGUUGCGGUCAAACGUAUUCUGAGAGAAACAGAUGAUGGGAUUAAGGACUUCUUAGCAGAGAUCUCCAGUCUUGGGCGCCUUCAACAUCGAAAUCUUGUCCAGAUCAGAGGCUUCUGCCGGCGAGAAAACCAGCUAUUCAUAGUUUAUGACUACAUGCCAAAUGGGAGCCUGGACAAGAUGAUAUUUGGAGACCCAGAGAAGGUGCUUAAAUGGGGUCAGAGGUACAGAGUCCUCAGAGAUGUCGCUGCGGGGUUGGUGUAUCUUCACGAAGAGUGGGAGCAACGUGUAGUGCACAGAGACAUAAAGUCCAGCAAUAUUUUGCUGGACUCGGAACUCAAUGGAAAGCUGGGGGAUUUUGGGCUUGCCCGUCUGUACGAGCAUAAUGAAAACUCACAGACUACUCGCGUGGUGGGAACGCUUGGAUACAUCGCACCAGAGCUCAUACACACAGGAAAGGCUAGCCCCGCCACGGAUGUGUUCAGCUUUGGUGUUUUUAUGUUGGAGGUUGCUUGCGGAAGGAGACCCGUCGAUACCUCUCUCCAACCUGAUCAAACAAUCUUGGUGGAGUGGGUGAGAGAGCUUGAUGACAAUGGCAGUCUCAUGGAUGCAGCAGACCCGAACCUUGGUGGGCAAUACGUUGAAGAUGAGAUGGAGAGAGUGCUCAAAUUGGGGCUACUGUGUUCUAAUCCUGAGCCAGAAGGUAGGCCUGGCACGAGACAAGUUCUGCAGACACUUGAAGAAGAAGAUCCAAUACCAGAUUUUGAUGCUCCGUUUCAUUUGGAGAUGAGUAAUAGCUGGAGGUCUCCUAUAUGUUACAGUCGUAGCACAGAUGCUUCCAUUUCUGUUUCUCUAGAGGGUCGAUAGACUGUGCGCAAUAAGGUCAAACUGGUUUUCUGACGAUGCUUGUGUGUAUAAGAUAACUUUUUGUCCUGUAACCUUCUUCUCUUCGUACUGUAUUUACCUAUAUUUGUACUGUAUUUGGGUACAUACCGGCAUCGUUAGAAAACCAGUUUGACGAAUCUUAAGGAAUCACCUUGGCUUUUAGAUUUAUCAAUGCAGGCAUUUGUACUGUAUAUGGAUACAAUACGCAAUUACAGUUUAGUAUAUGUUUUAAUGGCAGUAUUUACUCAGUGGGA